CAGCACCCCAGGCGCUGACAGCUCCGCCGGCCGGCUCCCUCGCUGACCGCCGACUGUCAAUGGAGCUGGAAAACAUCGUGGCCAACACGGUCUUGCUGAAAGCCAGGGAAGGGGGCGGAGGAAAGCGGAAGGGGAAGAGCAGGAAGUGGAAGGAGAUCCUGAAGUUCCCUCACAUCAGCCAGUGUGAAGACCUCCGAAGGACCAUCGACAGAGAUUACUACAGCUUAUGUGACAAACAGCCGAUCGGGAGGCUGCUUUUCCGGCAGUUCUGCGAGGCCAGGCCUGGGCUGGAGUGUUACAUCCAGUUCCUCGACGCGGUGGCAGAAUAUGAAGUUACCCCAGAUGAAAAACUGGGAGAGAAAGGGAAGGAAAUUAUGAUCAAGUACCUCACUGCAAAGUCCCCAGCGUUUGUCGUCCAAGUCAGCCGAGACCUGGUCUCCCAGACACAAGAGCAACUCCUUGAGAGGCCCUGCAAAGAGCUGUUCUCUGCGUGUGCGCAAUCCGUCCACGACUACCUGCGGGGAGAGCCCUUCCAGGACUACCUGGACAGCAUGUAUUUCGACCGCUUCCUCCAGUGGAAAUGGUUAGAAAGGCAACCAGUGACCAAAAACACUUUUAGGCAGUACCGAGUGCUAGGAAAAGGGGGCUUUGGAGAGGUCUGUGCCUGCCAGGUUCGAGCCACAGGUAAAAUGUACGCCUGCAAGCGCCUGGAGAAGAAGAGGAUCAAAAAGAGGAAAGGGGAGUCCAUGGCGCUCAACGAGAAACAGAUCCUGGAGAAGGUCAACAGUCAGUUUGUGGUCAACCUGGCCUACGCCUAUGAGACCAAGGACGCACUGUGCUUGGUUCUGACCAUCAUGAAUGGGGGUGACCUGAAGUUCCACAUCUACAACAUGGGCAACCCUGGCUUUGAGGAGGAGCGAGCCUUGUUCUACGCAGCAGAGAUCCUGUGUGGCUUGGGAGACCUCCACCGAGAGAACACCGUCUAUAGAGAUCUGAAACCUGAGAAUAUCCUGUUAGAUGAUUAUGGCCACAUUCGGAUCUCAGACCUGGGCCUGGCCGUGAAGAUCCCCGAGGGAGACCUUAUCCGAGGCCGGGUGGGCACCGUGGGCUACAUGGCUCCAGAGGUCCUGAACAACCAGAGGUACGGCCUGAGCCCCGACUACUGGGGCCUGGGCUGCCUCAUCUACGAGAUGAUAGAGGGCCAGUCGCCCUUCCGAGGCCGCAAGGAGAAGGUGAAGCGGGAGGAGGUGGACCGCCGGGUCCUGGAGACCGAGGAGGCUUACUCCCACAAGUUCUCUGAAGAGGCCAAGUCUAUCUGCAAGAUGCUGCUCACCAAAGAUGCAACGCAGAGACUGGGCUGCCAGCAGGAGGGGGCCGCAGAAGUCAAGAGACACCCCUUCUUCAGGAACAUGAAUUUCAAGCGCUUGGAAGCUGGGAUGUUGGACCCUCCCUUUGUUCCAGAUCCCCGCGCCGUGUACUGUAAGGACGUGCUGGACAUUGAGCAGUUCUCCACCGUGAAGGGAGUCAACCUGGACCACACGGAUGACGACUUCUACUCCAAGUUUUCCACAGGCUCCGUGCCCAUCCCGUGGCAAAAUGAGAUGAUAGAAACAGAAUGCUUCAAGGAACUGAACGUGUUUGGGCCUAACGGUACCCUCUCACCGGACCUGAACAGAAACCACCCUCCAGAGCCGCCAAAGAAAGGGCUGCUCCAGCGAAUCUUCAAACGGCAGCAUCAGAACAAUUCCAAGAGUGCGUCCAAUUCCAAGACUAGUUUUAACCACCACGUAAAUUCAAACCAUGUCAGCUCAAACUCCACUGGAAGCAGCUAGUUUCAGCCCUGGCUUUGACGUUCACAGUGGAAGCAGCCAACACCCU